AGGAUUAAGUUUAAAUAUUUAGUACUAGUAGUUGUUGUCAGUUAGUCUUAUAACAUCUAUCAAACCGAAAAUGAUUUUGAAAACGUCAAUAUUAUAUUUGGCGUAUUUGCUUACGGUGACGCAAUCAGCAAAAAUACUAGCAGUAUUUCCAGUGCCGUCUAUUAGCCAUCAAGUGGUUUUUCGUGCGAUUACUCUAGAACUUGUUAAAAGAGGACAUGAAGUGACAGUGAUAACACCGAAUCCUGCUUUCCAAAAAGGAGAGGCGCCUGCAAACCUUACAGAGAUCGAUAUUCACGAUAUAGCUUAUUCAAGUUGGAAAAAUAACUUACAAAAUAAAUACAAGGUUAACGAAAAUUUAAAUAAAUUUAGACAAAGGACAGACUUGCCUUCGAUGAUAUUUCUCACACAACUACAAUCCCCUGAAGUACAAGAGCUGAUAGCAAAUAAGAACAAUAAGUUUGACAUCAUAUUGCUUGAAGCUGCCAUUCGACCUGCAUAUAUGAGUGAAGCUGAUGAAAAUGCAAUGUUAAAAGAGAAUUUUGGCCCAGAUGUGCCACCUUUGAGUGAGUUAUAUGACAAUGUUCAUAUGUUAUUUUUAAAUAUUCAUCCCAUUUGGGCAGACAAUCAGCCUGUGCCACCUGGUGUUGUGUAUAUGGGUGGAAUUCAUCAGUUACCUGUAAAAGAAUUACCAAAGGAUCUCAAAACUUAUUUGGAUUCAUCCGAACGAGGUGUUAUAUAUGUCAGUUUUGGUACAAAUGUCUUAUCGGGCAUGAUGCCCGAAGAAAAGGUAAAAGUAAUAGCAAAUGUGCUAUCCAAGUUACCUUAUAAUGUUUUAUGGAAAUGGGACAAAGAUGAACUGCCAGUAAAGUCAAAAAACAUCAGAUCUUCUAAAUGGUUCCCACAAUCUGAUCUACUAAGACACCCAAAAAUAAAACUGUUUGUUACCCAAGCUGGACUUCAAUCCACUGACGAGGCUAUAACCGCUGGAGUUCCUCUCGUUGCUAUACCAAUGUUAGGAGAUCAAUGGUAUAACGCAGAUAAAUAUGUAAAACAUGGGAUCGGUAUGAAUCUUGAGAUUGGAACCUUAACCGAGGAUAAACUUAAAAACGCUAUUGAAACAGUUAUCAGUGAUAAAAGCUAUCGUGAAAAUAUUAUCAAGCUUCGGGAAUUUAUGCGUGACCAACCAGAAACUCCAUUACAACGAUCCAUAUGGUGGAUCGAAUACAUGAUAAGACACGGUGGAGCGAAACAGUUACGUCCUCCAACAGCUAAUAUUUCACUCGCUCAGUAUUUCGAGAUGGAAUUAGUAUUCAUUGUUCUGUCAGUAGUUUUUAUUGCAUUAAUUUUAUCUCUUGUAGUUAUUGUGUUUAUAAUAAGAUUUCUUUUGAAUUUACUGCGCGGUAAAAAGAAAAUUAAAAUUAGUCUUAUAACAUCUUUCGAACCGAAAAUGAUUUUGAAAACGUCAAUAUUAUAUUUGGCGUAUUUGCUUACGGUGACGCAAUCAGCAAAAAUACUAGCAGUAUUUCCAGUGCCCUCUAUUAGCCAUCAAGUGGUUUUUCGUGCGAUUACUCUAGAACUUGUUAAAAGAGGACAUGAAGUGACAGUGAUAACGCCGAAUCCUGCUUUCCAAAAAGGAGAGGCGCCUGCAAACCUUACAGAGAUCGAUAUUCACGAUAUAGCUUAUUCAACUUGGAAAAGUAACUUACAAAAUAAAUACAAGGUUAACGAAAAUAUAAGUAAAUUUAGACAAAGGACAGACAUGCCUGCAAUAAUUUUUCUCACACAUCUAAAAUCCCCUGAAGUACAAGAGUUGAUAGCAAAUAAGAACAAUAAGUUUGACAUCAUAUUGCUUGAAGCUGCCAUUCGACCUGCAAUUGUUUAUUCUCAUAUAUUUAAAGCACCGAUUAUCUUGGUAAGUUCAUUAGUCGCCAUGUUUAAUAACCAUGCCGUCAUGGGUUCAGCGACACAUCCUAUUUUAUAUCCAACAAUGAUGCAAUUCAAACUUUAUAACCUUACUUUCUGGGAAAAGUUAAAUAAUUUGUACAUACAUUAUUCGUUAGAAUACAAAAUAUAUAUGAGUGAGGCUGAUGAAAAUGCAAUGUUAAAAGAGAAUUUUGGCCCAGAUGUGCCACCUUUGAGUGAAUUAUAUGACAAUGUUCAUAUGUUAUUUUUAAAUAUACAUCCUAUUUGGGCAGACAAUCAGCCUGUGCCACCUGGUGUUGUGUAUAUGGGUGGAAUUCAUCAGUUACCUGAAAAGGAAUUACCAGAGGAUCUCAAAACUUAUUUGGAUUCAUCCGAACGAGGUGUUAUAUACGUUAGUUUUGGUACAAAUGUGUUAUCGGGCAUGAUGCCCGAAGAAAAGGUAAAAGUAAUAGCAAAUGUGCUAUCCAAGUUACCUUAUAAUGUUUUAUGGAAAUGGGACAAAGAUGAACUGCCAGUAAAGUCAAAAAACAUCAGAUCUUCUAAAUGGUUCCCACAAUCUGAUCUACUAAGACACCCAAAAAUAAAACUGUUUGUUACCCAAGCUGGACUUCAAUCCACUGACGAGGCUAUAACCGCUGGAGUUCCUCUCGUUGCUAUACCAAUGUUAGGAGAUCAAUGGUAUAACGCAGAUAAAUAUGUAAAACAUGGGAUCGGUAUGAAUCUUGAGAUUGGAACAUUAACCGAGGAUAAACUUAAGAAUGCUAUUGAAACAGUUAUCAAUGAUAAAAGCUAUCGUCAAAAUAUUAUCAAGCUUCGGGAAUUAAUGCGUGACCAACCAGAAACUCCAUUACAACGAUCCAUAUGGUGGAUCGAAUACAUGAUAAGACACGGUGGAGCGAAACAGUUACGUCCUCCAACAGCUAAUAUUUCACUCGCUCAGUAUUUCGAGAUGGAAUUAGUAUUCAUUGUUCUGUCAGUAGUUUUUAUUGCAUUAAUUUUAUCUCUUGUAGUUAUUGUGUUUAUAAUAAGAUUUUUUUUGAAUUUACUGCGCGGUAAAAAGAAAAUU